AUGGCGGCGCCUACAAUCGACAACAUUGUCGAAGAACUAUUACCGGAUUUUGGCGUGAACGCUCUGAAACCGGAACAGAAGGAAAUAAUUAGCAAUAUUACAAAGAAGAAAGAUUGCAUUGCUGUCUUGCCAACUGGGUUUGGAAAGUCGUUGCCAUUCCAGGUUUACGCUGCAGCUCAGAAACGAACUAGUCGUGAGGCUGGACAUGUACUCGUAUGUUCGCCAUUGAUAGGCCUGAUGAAGGACCAGACCAAAAAGCUGUCUCGUAUCAGUUACUUAAGCGUUGGCUACAAAGUGAAGUUAGGUACAGACUGUGCUUUAAUAUGCCUAAAUGACAAGUCCAUUGUGCCAACAGGUGAACCAGGAUCACCGACAUCAACAGGUGCUAGAGCCCAUAACAAGUGA